GACCAACAAAAAAAAAACGCAGAAGUGAGAGGUAGAGCGGAGAACGUAUCUCAGACACCCAAAGAAAGAGAAAGAGUAUAAGGGAGAGAGGUGGCGAGAGAGAAAAGAAAGGCAGUCAUGGCUCCUUGGAUGACGACCACAACGGAGCGAUAUGGCGUCGUAACAUGGAAUUUCAUUGGCCGUGGGGUGAAGCAACUGUCUCUGGAGGUUGGGGACACAGUCCACAUCCAGGAGACCUGCGAUGGCUGGUAUAAAGGCUACCUAGUCAGGAACAAGGAUCGACAGGGAGCAUUCCCGGCCAGCAUAGUGCAGCUGAGGAAGGUCAUCAUUGAAAAGCAAGGGGACCAGGAGGUGGUGUUGUCAGCAGAGAUGCCCCUAGUGAAGGAGGUGACCACCACUCUGAGGGAGUGGGGAAGCAUCUGGAAACAACUCUAUGUGACCAAUAAGAAGAAGCGUGUGGUGCAGGUCCAACGGCUGAUGUGGGAUCUGAUGGAAUGGCGUUCCCAGCUCCUGUCUGGCACGCUGCCUAGCGACGAGUUCAAGGAGCUCAAACAGAAAGUCACCUCCAAAAUUGACUAUGGCAACAAGAUCUUGGAGUUGGACCUGGUGGUGCGGGAUGUGAACGGGAACAUGCUGGACCCAGACAACGCCAGCGUGAUCAGCCUGUUCAGAGCCCACCAAGACGCCACCACCAAGAUCAACGAACGCAUCAAAGAGGAACAGUCCAACGUUCAGACGGGCCACUCGGUAAUCUCGGCCCGGAUCCAGUCCUCUCCCACUCACAGCCUCUAUGUCUUCGUCCGGAACUUCGUCUGUCGGAUCGGAGAAGAUUCUGAACUCUUCAUGUCCUUAUACGACCCCAACAAACAGACCAUCAUCAGUGAGAACUACCUGAUCCGUUGGACCAGUAAAGGUUUUCCUAAAGACGUUGACAUGCUGAACAACCUGAAGGUUGUCUUUACAGACCUGGGGAAUAAGGAUUUGAACAGAGACAAGAUCUACCUGAUCUGUCAGAUAGUAAGAGUGGGUCGUAUGGAACUGAAAGAGACUAGCACCAAGAAGUGUACCCAGGGCCUCCGCAGGCCCUUUGGAGUGGCAGUGAUGGACAUCAGUGACAUCAUCAAAGGAAAGAUAGAGUGUGACGAGGAGAAGCAGUAUUUCAUCCCGUUUGUUCCGGUUGUGGCAGAGAAUGACUUCCUCCACUCCCUGCUGAACAAGGUGACAGCAUCGCGGGGAGACAGUGGAGGACAAGGUCUGUGGGUGACGAUGAAGGCCCUGGUGGGUGACAUUGUCCAGAUCCGUAAGGAGUACCCCCACCUGGUGGACCGCAGCACGGUGGUGGCCCGUAAACUGGGCUUCCCAGAGAUCAUCAUGCCGGGGGACAUCCGCAACGACAUCUACUUGACUCUGUGGACUGGGGACUUUGACAAGUACAACAAGACCACCCAGAAAAACAUGGAGGUCAUCAUGAUGGUGUGUGAUGAGGAGGGCAAGGCCGUGCCGAACUCUAUCUGUCUGGGAGCCGGGGAUCGGCCGCUGAACGAGUACAGAUCUGUCAUCUACUACCAAGUCAAACAACCACGCUGGAUGGAGACAUUCAAGGUGGCCAUCCCUCUGGAGGAGAUGCAUAGGAGCCACCUGCGUUUCAUGUUCAGGCACCGCUCCUCUCAGGAGUCCAAGGAUAAGAGUGAGAAGAACUUUGCCAUGGCGUUUGUUCAUCUGAUGAAGGCGGAUGGAACAGUGCUGCAGGAUGGACUUCAUGAACUGGUUGUCUUCAAGGGGGACAGUAAGAGGAUGGAGGAUGUGAACUCGUACCUGUCCCAGCCCUCUACACGAAACCAGGGUGACGUUCCAAAGGGGGGGACACUGAGUCGCAGCAGUGUAGGAGUCCUGUCUGUCAGCUCCAGAGACAGCUUCACCGUCUCAACCCUCGUCUGCUCCACCAAACUCACCCAGAACGUGGGUUUGCUGGGCCUACUGAAGUGGAGGACUCGUCCUGAGCUCCUCAAAGAAAACCUGGAGAAACUCAAGAUCAUCGACGGAGAGCAGGUUGUCAAGUUUCUCCAGGACACUCUGGAUGCUCUGUUCACCAUCAUGAUGGAACACUCCCAGACUGACGACUAUGACAUCCUAGUGUUUGACGCCCUGAUCUAUAUCAUUGGUCUGAUAGCAGACAGGAAGUUCCAGCAUUUUAACACGGUGUUGGAGGCCUACAUUAAACAGCACUUCAGCGCCACACUGGCAUACAAGAAGUUGAUGUCGGUGUUGAAGAGGUAUCUGGAUGUGUCCAGUCGAGGGGAGCAGUGUGAAAACUACCUCCGCACCCUCAAAGCCCUGGAGUACAUCUUCAAGUUCAUCGUCCGCUCACGCAUGCUCUACUCCCAGCUGUAUGAAGGGAAGGAGCAGAAAGAGUUUGAGGAAUCUCUACGGAGACUAUUCGAGUCCAUCAACCAACUAAUGAGGAGUGACCACAACACAACAGUCUUGCUGCAGGUGGCUGCUCUGAAGUACCUUCCCACAGUCUUGCAGGAUGUGGAGACAGUGUUUGACGCCGAACUCCUGAGUCAGUUGCUGUAUGAAUUCUACACCUGUAUCCCUGCUGACAAACUGCAGAAACAGAAGGUGUCCUCCAUGGCCGAGAUCGUCAGCAGCAAACUCUUCGAAAAACAGGAGUGCCGGGACAUCCUGCUACCCAUGAUGCUUCGGGAGCUAAGCGAAACGCUGAAGGACAUGGGUCAGGGGCCUCAUGACGACCGGAGGAACAGCGUGGAGCUGCUCAACAACAUCCUGGAGGUCCUCAGCAGAGACAAUGUGGGUGAGACUUUCCAGCAUAUUCAGGACAUUGUGGCCAGUCUCCUCAGGACCAUCAACCGUACGGUCAUUACCAUGGGUCGUGAGCAUGCCCUGAUUUCCAGGGUGGUGGCCUGUAUGACGGCCACUCUGAGUCAGAUGGAUGACAGCCACUAUUCUUGCUACCUAGAGACCUUCUCAAGCACCACCGACCUAGUGGACUUUCUGAUGGAGACGUUCCUACUGUUCAAGGAACUGAUUGGGAAGCACGUCUACCCCUCAGACUGGAUGGCCAUGAUCAUGGUGCAGAACAGGGUGUUCCUCAGAGCCAUCAACACCUACGCUGACACCAUGAACCUCAAAUUCCUCAACAACAAUGACUUUGAAGUGCAGUUGUGGAAUAAUUACUUCCAUUUGGCUGUGGCAUUCAUUACCCAAGAGUCAUUGCAACUGCAGCACUUUUCUCCAACCAAGAGGAACAAGAUCCUGGCAAAGUAUGGAGACAUGAGGAGACUCAUCGGUUUUGCCAUACGGGACAUGUGGUACAAACUGGGUGGGAAUAAGAUCUGUUUUAUCCCUGGGAUGGUGGGUCCUAUCCUGGAGAUGACUCUGAUUCCUGAGGAGGAGCUGAGACGAGCCACCAUCCCCAUCUUCUUCGACAUGAUGCAGUGUGAACACAAACUCUCCGCGCACUUCCAAAAGUUUGAGAAUGAGAUCAUUCUGAAGCUGGAUCAUGAGGUGGAGGGAGGAGGAGGAGAUGAGAGAUACAUGGAGCUACUGGAAACCAUACUGUUGGAGUGUGCUGUGGAGCAUCCCUUGUUAAGGCCAGAGGUCGAGCACUUCGUUGAAUUGGUGAAGGGACUCCUGGUGCGUCUCCUUGACUACCGCACGGUGAUGAGCGACGACAGCCGCAACAACCGCAUGAGCUGCACCGUCAAUCUGCUGAAUUUCUACAAGGACAUCAACCGUGAAGGGAUGUACAUCAGAUACCUCUACAAGCUGAGAGACCUUCACAUGGCUGUGGAAAACUACACAGAGGCUGCAUACACCCUGUUGCUUCACUCUCGCCUGCUCAAGUGGUCAGAGGACCAGUGCAGUCCCCAGUUUGAGGUGCGUAGCUGUCAGACCCAGCGCCAGCAGAAGGAGAAUCUCUACGAAACCAUCAUCGGGUACUUCGACAAGGGCAAGAUGUGGGAGGAAGCUAUAACUCUGUGUAAGGAGCGGGCUGACCAGUACGAGAUGGAAGUGUUUGAAUACGAGCUGCUCAGCCAGAGUCUGAAGCAGCAGGCUAGGUUCUAUGAGAACAUUAUGACGAUCCUGAGGCCCAAGCCAGACUACUUUGCUGUGGGCUACUAUGGACAGGGUUACCCUCCCUUCCUCAGGAACAAGGUGUUUAUCCACCGGGGGAAGGAGUACGAGCGUAGAGAAGACUUCCAGAACCAGUUGAUGAGUCAGUUCCCCAGCGCUGUCCGUCUCAAUAUCACCACCAUGCCUGGAGACGAUGUCAGACUCUCCCCUUUGCAGUACAUCCAGUGUUUCACUGUUCAGCCUGUCCUGGAGAUCCCAUCUCGCUUGAAGAACAAACCCGUCCCUGACCAGAUCAUCAACUUCUACAAGUCCAACUAUGUGCAGCGUUUCCACUACUCCAGACCAGUGAGGAAAGGCCCAGUGGAUCCCAGCAAUGAGUUUGUUUCCAUGUGGAUUGAGCGCACCACGUUCACCACAGUGUAUAAACUCCCUGGGAUCCUGCGCUGGUUUGAGGCCACAGACAUGAAACAUACCACCAUCAGUCCUCUGGAGAAUGCCAUAGAGACCAUGCAGAGCACCAAUGACAAGAUCCUCACCCUGAUCAACCAAUACCAGGCCGACGACGCCCUUCCCAUCAACCCUCUCUCCAUGCUGCUCAACGGCAUUGUGGACCCUGCCGUCAUGGGGGGCUUUGCCAAGUACGAGAAGGCUUUCUUCACUGAGGAGUACAACUUGCAACACCCAGAGGACAGAGAUAAGCUGGAGGUUCUCAAAGACCUCAUUGCAUGGCAGAUCCCGUUGCUGGGUGGGGGAAUCUCUCUACAUGGAAAGAGAGUGACAGACGACCUACGACCUUUCCACGAGCGCAUGGAGGAGUGCUUCACGCAUAUGAGGAAGAAGGUGGAGAAGGAGUAUGGAGUGAGGGAGCUGCCGGAUAUGGAUGAGAGGAAGUCAAGUCGUCCGCGCUCUGUCCUUCGCUCCUUCCGUCAGUCCGUCAUCUCCAUCUCUUCCCUCCAGGGGUCUGAGUGUGGGACCCCCACCAAACCUUAUCCAGACAGUGGUCUCCCUGACAUGGCGGCCCCCCAGACCCCCACCCUGCAGCGCUCCAGUGGGAGUGUGAGCAUGGUGGAUGAGGGAGGGGCAGAGGGGGAGGUUAAACUCAGGAACUCCAAGAGGAGAAGGAAAAGGAGCAGCAUGAUCUUCAUCCCAGAGGAGAGAGACAGGACCAACACUCUGGACAGCAAAUGGCUGUCCAAGAAGCAGGAGUUCCGCAGUGACACCAACCUGUCUGAACCUGGCUCUCAAGAAAAUGUCUUUCUCACCAACGCCAACUCCAGAUCUCUGCCUGCUAUUACAGGCCAGUCUCUGUCUGUGGCCAAUGGUAGUGAGGAGGCGGAGUCAGCCCGGUUCAGAAGGGACAGUAAGAGUAUGUCUGUGUGUCUUCCUGGAGACCGCACUGCUGACAGACGCUCCAAAGGGGUCAUCAACCUGCUGUUCGGGACCAAGAGCAACAAGUCUGAGCAACAGAGCAACAAGUCGUCUACUGAUCCAAGCAACAGGAAAGCCAGUCAAUUCUAACAGCCAUCCAUCACACGUGAUGUACCCUCAGUGCCUUUUAACCUGCUCUGCUUUGAAUUCCAGUUACCACCAGGGGCUAUUGCCUUGCUGAAAACUCCUCUUUGGAAAGAGCUAUCUGAUCUUUUCUUUAUUUUUUAUCAGGUUUUAAAGACUUGUUUGCGCUCACACAGGCACAUAGGCACACACACACAAUGAGAGAGAGAGAGAGAGAGAGAGAGAGAGAGAGAGAGAGAGAUCCUCUGAAGAAAUUCAUGCUUUUUAAACUUCUGCUCUCAUAUAUUUUAUAAUCAUUUCAAUAGAGAACAUUUGUAUUAACUGUCCUUCUUAAGUAAUGGCAUUCAAUUUAAUUCACUUGAUGAAAUAAUGAGUAAAGAGAUAUCUGUGUCAAUUUCUCCCCAGUGUUUGACAGAGUUGUUUAUUCAAAUGUUAUUAACAAUGUAGCCCUUUCCUGCAUUCAAUGAUCGAAAGCACCCUGUUUGGUCUCAUGAGUGGGAUGUUAUUCGUAUUUUUCAUAAUGUCACAAUAAAGAUUUUGUUUGUCAUGAAA